AUGAAUCAAGAUUCAAGAAAGAAGAACGCUGCCGGUCUCAAGCCUGUCAAGAAUUCCCAUGGAGUCAAAUUUCUUGAAUUGAAGACUUCAUCGUCUACACACUCUAGGGUUACACGAUCCUCUGCCAAAAUUGCCUCUCCAGAAUCAUCUGGACCAGCCAAGAGGACAAGAAGUCUAAGAAUCAAGCAUGUUUUCAAAAAGGGAACAGAGAAAGCUUCUAGUGUUCAGGACAUCUCUGAAGAUUCUAUUCAUGAACCCCAGGUUGAUGUUGAUCAAGAAAUGGAUGUUCCCGAUGAUGAAGCAACACAAGCCAUCAAUGAUGUGUUGGAAACUCUCGCUAAUGCUGCCACUACACAGGAUGUCACGCAAAAUGUUGAAUCACAGGAAGAUCGUGGUUCUGACUCAAACUCUGAAGCGAACUCUCAUGAGUCUGAUGCUGAGAAGGGCGAUGAUUCUGGUGUUGCAAGCCAUGAAUCUUCAAGUGAGAAGACUCCCUAUGUUGAGAUCCCCCGUGAGAAAACUCAUACACCCUUGUCUAGAAAGGGUAAGGAACAAGUUUCUGCACAAAGUUGGAAGUUUGUUGUUCAGAGAAGGCUAGCCAUAGAAAGGGAACUUCAUGAAGAUGCCUUGGAACUCAAGGAGAUUUUGGAUCUGUUAGCUGUUGCUGGUUUGAUGAAGACUAUUAAGGACAUUGGUAGGAGCCCUGUUGUUGUGGCUGAUGAAGAGCCCGAUUUAAAUAGGGUUGCUAAGACUCUAACUGGAACGCUGGUCAGGAAACGGCCAAAGAAAGGAUUACUUCCAUCUGGGAAGUUAACUACCAAGUAUGUUGUGCUCUUCAAGAUUGGCUGUGCAAAUUGGGUGGCUAAGAAUCACUUGUCUGGUGUAACUGCUCCCCUUGCCAAGAUGAUCUAUUUGAUUGGAACUGGUGGUUCCUAUGCAGUAAGAUUUCCUAUUUUGUUUCCCUGCCUCUUGUCUGAGAUAAUUGUACAACAACAUCCAAAUGUUGUGAGGGUUGAUGAACCUCAAGGUAAGAAACCUAUGUCUCUAGAGUUUGAUUAUCGCUUGUUUGCUGGGACACAUGUUCCAGACAUUGUGUUGACUACAGCAAAGGGUUCUGCUAGUGCUACUGGAACUCAGGCAGUUAGUUCAAGUAAAGAUGAUAUCUUGGCUGAGUUGAGGGCUGUCUCCAAGUCCUUGGGUGACACCAUUCAGGUUUGCAAGAUUAGGAAGCUGAAUGUGAACAAGCUCAUCAAGGCUAUGAUAGAUGUUCCUGCUGCUAUUGAGGAAAAAGAGGUUGAUUAG